CCGCAGGGCACCGGCUGCCAGGCGGGUGGCAGGGGAAUUCCUCUCCUGAAUUUUGAAGUUUUCCUUCUCUGCUGCCCAAGCUGUUGCAUCACCAUCUGGACGGUGCCUGGAGGGGCCAGCAAAGCUGGGGCAUCUUUAAAAGUCCUGGACCCUGUUCUGGAGGAGACGGGAGAGGAGACGGCAUGGGGGUUGGUGUGUUUUCCUUGGAACUACUGUUGCCAUCCCUGGGGAAGUGCUGCAAGAGUAAGUGACAGUGACAGUGACAGUGACGGUGAGAGCAACAGGGGCCCAAGACUGGCUCCCUCCUGUAGGUCCUAAGACCCAGACAGAAGGGACUUGGUGCAAGUAGCAGGGAGGUGAGUAGCAGAGCUACACCUUGCACCUGCGCCUCCCAGCCUCCGCUCCAGCUGCUUUCCAACACGCCACACCACCUCCUCCUCUCUGGAUUUAACGAAGAGCAACUAAAAGACAUUCAAAUACCAGCCUCCCCGAGGGGUAAAAAGAAAAGUCCAGCAGGCUCUCAUUCCCAGCGGGAUGGAUGGAGAAGCCCCACCAAAGUCCAGAGAGCCCAAGGUUGCCAACCGGAGAGCAGGAUGGAAAAAGCCCCUCCUCCUCAUUCUGUACCUGCUACAAGGUUCUUCUUUGGCCCCUGCACCCAGAGGAUCCCAUCUCAGAAGCCCGCUGCAGGUCAGCUCGUUCAGGACGCACCUCUGCGCCAUGGAGACGCUCACACCUUCCUCAACCCUCUGCUGGCAGGAGGCACACUCUUUCACAGCUGCACAUUCACUAAAGGGCCCAAAGCUGGUAUCUGGGAAGCCUGGGGGAGCGGUCACCAUCCAGUGCCACUAUCCCCCUGUGUCGGUCAACAAGCACCAGAGGAAGUACUGGUGCCGCCUGGGACCCCCGAGGUGGAUCUGCUAUACCAUCGUGUCCAGCUACCACUACACGCACCGUCUCUACGGCGGCCGUGUGGCUCUAGCCGACUUCCCACAGAGGGGCGUGUUUGUGGUGACGCUGUCCCGGUUGUCCCUGGAUGACGUGGGAUCCUACCGCUGCGGCAUCGGAGACCGGAACAACAUGCUGUUCUCCAGUAUGAACCUGACCCUCUCCGCAGGUGGUCCCAGCACUGUCCCGACAGCCACUGCGGCAGCUGGUGAGCUCAGCACAGCAUCCAGAGGAACAGCAUCUAUGGCAGCCCACAGAUGGACCCCAGGAACCACCCCGGCUGUCGAAGUACAGGGGACAGAAUGGGAAACAGUUGCCCCAACUCCAGGAAGCAGCAAAACCACACCUCCAGCUAAGGGAAGACAAACCCCAGGAACAGCCAGGACAGAAGCUCCAGGGACAGGCAGCCAGGGAGCAGGUCCCACGGAGGCAACAGCUGCCUCUCCAGAGAGCCCAGCUUCAACAAUCAGAAGCAUGCCCAAUGCAACAGACGGUGCUUGGGGGUGGGGCCCCAGAAGCUCAGUAACAACGAGGGCUGAGAUCAGCAAGGAUGGGGGGGUGAUGACAACUACUGAGGCCGCUAAGCCAACGGCAGAAACAGAGAGGGUCCGGGUAGAUCUGAAUACAACCGGGGAAGUCACAGGAGCCACGAGGCCAUCGGCUGUGGUCUCAGGAAGCUUGGCCUGGGAAACCCUCCAAGAAGCAACAUCACCGGUUUCUAAGCAACAAGCCCUGGAUGCCACUGAAGGAACAAGCCCAGCCACGGGGAUGUGGACCUUGGGAGCCACCAGCGUGGAGGCAGCAACUGUGGGAGGAGGCACUGAUGGAGACCUGGACAUUGCUUCUGGGGACAGUGGUCCCCAGGCAAUGCCAAGCCAGGCCCCGGCAGCAGGCCCCGGGAGGCUCCCUGGCAAGGGGUCUUCCGUGAAGAGCGCUCUCCCAGAAGAGGCCAGCAGCUCUCGGAUCCUGACCCUGGUCUCCACCACGCUGGCCGUGCUCCUCCUUGUGGCUCUGGCUCUGCUGCAGAGGAAGCUCCGGAGGAGGAGGAGGAGGAAGAGGUGGAGGAGGAGAACCUCCCAGAAGGCAGAAAGGGCACCAGGGAUCACCCUGGUUCAGAUGACGCAUGUCCUGGAGCUGCACCAGGACCCGCCCUGCCUGGAAGGGAAGAUGCUCCAUGGUGACUCCCGUGCUGCCCAGCCCAGACCGAUUGUCCCCGAACGGGACCCAGAACCCUGAGAGUGGAAGGUAAACGGCUCAGUCACCAUGGACAGCACCUCCAUGACCCCAGCCUCUUCUCAUCACGCCCCUCCCCCCCGCCACUUGCCCCCUGCACCUGCACGACAGAAGCUAAUGGAGCUGGGGCUCGACCUGGAGACAAAGCCUGACCAUCUGGAGCCUGAGAAGGUCAAGGAUGCUCCUCGGCCAGGCUUCCAGAGAGGAUUUACUAAACACCCUCAAAAAAGGCCUCCAAGGAGAAGUGUGGCAUUUCCAUCCCUGGCUGCUUGCAAGAGGCUGCCCGUCCCUGGGAAACACCGCACACUCUCCCCCAUGGCUCCCGCAGCUCCUGCUGGGUGCCCCCUUCUCUGACGGCUGUUGGCGCUCAGCCUGCUCUCACGUUCAGUUACAGUCACGGAUCCCAGGCCCGCCCGCCCGCCCAAGAAGACUGAGCUCCUGUAGCGCAGUCACCGCAUUUUGUCCGUCUCAGCGUGUCCCCAAAGUGCUUCCAACUCACAGGACCCCCAAUAAAUCCCUGUGACUGACUGAUGUGCUGGCUGGGAGGUCCUGGGCUCUGUGGCCUCUGGGGACCCUGAACCCCCUCUGGGCUUCUACCCCUUCUCUUGGGAAUCCCCUAGUUGACCCCACAGGCAAAUGGUUCCUAUGGAGCCCACAGGAAGAACACCCCCUCUCUCCCCAGCGGGGCUCACGCUCAUUAUGCUACAGACCUCUUGACCCGACCGAGAUUUUCUGGGAUUUUCCUAAAUUCACGCAGGAGGCGGGCAUUUUGCACUAGAGUCUCACCGUCUCCAUAAAGCCCCUCUUGUUCAGCUGCUGGUAAAUCCUUAGCACCAGGGACAGGGGUUGCAGCUGGACAAUGACUGUUGGGGGUGUGGUGGAGGACAAAGAGGGAUUCUAUGUGGCUUCCGCCUGAUGGCCGCAUUACCACACACUCAAUGGGGAACUUUCACUCCACUCUUGACCCCACCGUCUUCUCAGGAAUUGCUCUGUGCUGUUGCCAGAUUGGGCAGCCAGCUCUCCGGCCUCUGCCUCUGGACAGAGCAGCCUGCAAGCAGUGGAGGCAGGAGGGGAAGAAAGGCUCCUAUUGAGCUGCAAAUGGCCCAGUGGAUAUUUCCAGAAGGCUCAGCCCUGCCUCCUACUCCACCAGCAGCAUCAGAAAUCCUUCGGUAAUACCUCCCCAUGUUUGGUCCUGAACCCAGACACUCUGCCAAGAAAAUCAAAGAGGUGCUGCUCUCUGGUGUAGUGAGAGGGACUCCCCAUUCUGGGUAGAGAAGUAGAAAAGUUGUAUGCACCUAAGCAAGUAGGACCACAGAAUUUCUGAGCUCAUGGAUCCAAUGAGAUUAGCCCACCUAGUAGAGGCCCAGUUGUUUUGUUGUUUUUCCCUUUUUUGGGGGGUUCGGUGGGGAGAUGUGCUUUCCAAAAGUCACUCAGUUGACCCAGAGUGAGGAGUAUGAAAGAGAACUCAUGACCCUGGCCCCAGGCCUCGUCCACCUUGCCACCCUCGCUGAGCAGUGAAGAAGUGCAAAGCGAACCAUCAAAAAUGAGCGACAACAGCCUUCCCUCCAGCUAUUCUCACGUGGCUCAUCUAGGUGAUCUGCCCAGAAAAAGUUUCCCGGAGAGAUAAGAAAGACAGCACUAUCCCAUGCAGCCAAUGAGGAAGCAGGCCCCGAGAAGAAAGACAGCACUAUCCCGUGCAGCCAAUGAGGAAGCAGGCACCGAGAGGGACGUAAUUCGGCCAAGGUCACAGGGCUCGUUAGCGGGAGGAGGGGCCGAGCACCCAGGCUGUUGGUUCUGCCCUGGCGGUGUUUACCAGGGGCGUCCCCAGAACACUAGGUUCUCCUGCUGUUAACAGACGUGUUGAGGAAAAGAAGGUUAGUAGAUCAAAGGAGUCCUGGCAGCGCAGGGCUAGACAAUGGAUUCUCCAGGGCAGGAUUUUGGAGUUGUCAAUAUAGGAAGGUCCACGUGGGUGACCCCCAGCGAGGGCCGUGGGCAAGGGUCUUUCCCCGAGAGUCUCAGAUGGCAUGAUGUCACGGGGCUGAGGUUGCACAGUUCACUCCUGGCCAGAGGCAGCCCAAUGCCUUAAACCAGGGCUUGGCCUGUUUAUUUCUCUAAAGGGGUGGAGAGUAGAUCUUUUAGACUUCGCAGGCCACGCCAUCUGUGGCAGCUACUCCGUCCUGCUGUCCGAGCCCGGAAGCAGCCAGAGGCCGCACAUGCCCCAGGGGCUGGGGCUGGAGUGGGCAGAACUUGACCUCCAGGCACAGGAGGCGGGCUGCAGCGCUGGCUCCUGAGCCACAGCUUGCCAGUCUCUGCAGUAAGCCCCAGAGCCACGGGAGGCUCCCCUGCCCCACUCAGAUGUGCAGGACCAGACCCUCCUCCUGCUCAGAGCACCACCCCCUCCCCGCCCCAGGCCUGUCUUUCCUCUGAACUACUCCAGCACCCGGAACAUCCUGUCUGACUGCCCCGGCUGGGGGAGGGAGGGGACAGAGGAGGAGAGCAGCCCGGGUUAGGGUGUGGGUCGAGUGGCGCAGGAGUGUUUCCAGAGAAAGGGUGUUGUAGAGAAAGGCGGACCCGCUGGCAGGAGGGGCCAGGGCAAGUUCAAAGAAAGGGCCAGCACUGGGCCAAGACCAGAGUCUCAGGGCCAAGAGCUGAGAGGGAGGCGGAGAUAAGGCCUGGGUGAGAGCCAUGCAGGGAAGGAAGUGGGGAAGCCCCGGACUUACAGCUCUCCUUUAUGGGCUAACCGAUGCGUGAUGGAGCAGGAGCAUGGCCUUAAAGGGCCAGCAGGCAGCUCCGGCCCUUGCAUUGUCGGUGACUUUUUGGACAUCUCGUUUCCCAGCUAGCAAGUGGCCCACAGCACUAAGAUGAGGGACAGGGACACACUCAUCACUGGGCUGGAAUCAGGGCAGCCCACAUGGGAUUUCUAACCCAGGGUGGGGGGAAUUCGGGUUCAGGGCACAGUUCUCUGCCCCUUCUUCUGCUAGUGCCACUGUUGCUUGUUAACAUGUGACAGUAACCACCGUCCCAAGUGAUUUCGCAUUCUGUAUGCCACUGGAUGCAGCAUCUGUGUAGGUAGAUACGAUCAUUCCCAUUUUACAGAUGAGGAAAGUCAAGGUCAGGAUAAUGAAGGCGUUUACUGGGGAAAGGGCCAGCUGGGACUUGAACACAAAGUGGUCCCCCUCUCAUGUGCUGCCUCCCUCCUGGUUGGAUUUAUGGCACAGCUAUCUGGUUGGAUGGCUUCCUGGUUACAGUUCUAAAGGCUCAGUUCUUUCUCCGGGGCUCAUGUACGGAAGUUUUCAUAAGCAUUUCCACGAAUUUGUCAUCUUUAGUUACUGACUAGUUUAUUCCUGUCCAGGCCUAAUGAAGUGUAAAACCAGACAAAGAGCCAGAGCUGAAAGCUACAAAGCCGGCCACCAGCCCUGAGGUCCUUUGCUAGCAUUUCUGCAAACAGAGCUCCUGCUUACAGACCUGCGGGCACACCCGCCCGCGUCCGCCAGGUUGUGCAAAGCAAGUGCCGGAUCUGGAUCUUCUCACUGCCCGUCACUCACGUUCUAGGGGUUUCUUCUCCUCUUCUGGUAGCUGGCGUGGUCUGAGAAAGCUACAAUGGGUCUAUUAACAGACACAAGGGGGAAGGCACCUCCAGGGAGAGAUCUACAACGCACUUUCGUGGCAUAGAUGGAGAUGAUUUGAAGGUCCUCCCCCAGGACAGGUAACCUAGAGCGCCAAGCUCAGAGGCUGUGUGGCGCCUGGAGAUCUGACACAACAGGAAGUGGACUCUGGCUGGCCUUGCACGCAGGGUCCAAUGUCGGCCAGUUGUCCAUUUUUUCAUUAUGUAACACAGCAUGGCUCAC